AUGGAUCUUCAACAAUUGUCAUUACCAACAUCUCUCAAUGAGACCAAAAUCAAGACUCUUCCCUCGAAAGCAUUUUAUAUUUCUGAUUUUCUUACGGAAGAGGAAGAACAGGUACUGUUGCAGAAAAUUUCGACGGCACCGAAACCACGAUGGAAGCAACUAACUCGUCGUCGCCUUCAGACAUGGCCCUCCGAUUUGACGAAGAACACUUUACUGGCUGCGCCUCUCCCUAAAUGGCUAACAGAACCUGUUGUCUCUCGGCUUCUCUCCUUACCUAUCUCUCGCGAAGACGGAGGACGCCAUAUCUUCAGUGAUAGUCCCCAUGGAUGUCCGAAUCAUGUUCUCAUAAAUGAAUACCUGCCAAAUCAAGGAAUUAUGCCACACAAAGAUGGAUCCGCCUACCAUCCUGUCGUCUGCACUGUAAGCUUGGGCGCAAGUCUAUGCUUGGAUAUAUAUGGGGACAAAGAGGAUGGGACAAGGCAGGAGCAACCAAGCUGGAGAAUUCUUCAGGAACCAAGGAGUUUAUUAAUCACUACAGAUGAGCUAUACACUAAGUAUUACCAUGGUAUAUCGGAGGUUGAAGCAGAUAUCAAUCUCAACUCAACAACUGUUGCAAACUGGGAACUCUUACGGUCCGAAGAUGAGAUCAUUGACGGAAAAUAUGAAAGACGUGAGCGACUAAGCCUCACGUAUCGCGACGUACUCAAGGUAUCGAAAUUGGGUGCUAAGCUAGGGAUUUUCGGUAAACGCUGA